AUGACAACCCCAGUGCCAGCUGACAUGAACAUGACAACCCCAGUGCCAGCUGACAUGAACAUGACAACCCCAGUGCCAGCUGACAUGAACAUGACAACCCCAGUGCCAGCUGACAUGAACAUGACAACCCCAGUGCCAGCUGACAUGAACAUGACAACCCCAGUGCCAGCUGACAUGAACAUGACAACCCCAGUGCCAGCUGACAUGAACAUGACAACCCCAGUGCCAGCUGACAUGAACAUGACAACCCCAGUGCCAGCUGACAUGAACAUGACAACCCCAGUGCCAGCUGACAUGAACAUGACAACCCCAGUGCCAGCUGACAUGAACAUGACAACCCCAGUGCCAGCUGACAUGAACGUGACAACCCCAGUGCCAGCUGACAUGAACAUGACAACCCCAGUGCCAGCUGACAUGAACAUGACAACCCCAGUGCCAGCUGACAUGAACAUGACAACCCCAGUGCCAGCUGACAUGAACAUGACAACCCCAGUGCCAGCUGACAUGAACGUGACAACCCCAGUGCCAGCUGACAUGAGCAUGACAACCCCAGUGCCAGCUGACAUGAACAUGACAACCCCAGUGCCAGGUGACAUGAGCAUGACAACCCCAGUGCCAGCUGACAUGAGCAUGACAACCCCAGUGCCAGGUGACAUGCCCAUGACAACCCCAGUGCCAGGUGACAUGCCCAUGACAACCCCAGUGCCAGUUGACAUGAACAUGACAACCCCAGUGCCAGGUGACAUGAACAUGACAACCACAGUGCCAGCUGACAUGCCCAUGACAACCCCAGUGCCAGUUGACAUGAACAUGACAACCCCAGUGCCAGGUGACAUGAACAUGACAACCCCAGUGCCAGUUGACAUGAACAUGACAACCCCAGUGCCAGGUGACAUGAACAUGACAACCACAGUGCCAGCUGACAUGCCCAUGACAACCACGACUUCUGGGAAGAGCAGGAAAAGCAUCGCAAAUGUCCUAACUUCCACAACAAAAAAAGUCUCAUGCAAAGAGUUAAUUACACGCAGGUUUUCAGACCAGAAUAUAUGA